CCUUCCUUCCUCUUUUUUCCCUUCCAUUUUCAAAAUCCAUUUUUUACAACACAAUCAAACAUUCAAACCACUAGAUAUACAUAAACUCUCGUUUUCGGGAGUUGUUAUCUAGUUUUAAACUUCAAACAAUCAAGAGCUUCACGUCGCAGUCUCUUCAGGAGUACUUUGCGCGUUUUUUCACCCCACCUCCACCUUCCAACUUUAUCUUUUUCUAGGUUCCAAGCUCAGCUUGUAAUCUAGAUUUUACAUCCAACAACUCGCAAAUAUGGCUUCCGCAGAUAAGGGUCUCGAGGAGAUCCAAGAGGGUGAGUUUAUUCCGAUGUUUUUGAGAAGAUUCUAUGCGAUCGCACUGGGGGAGGAUAAAAUCUGAUGGGGCCAAAAAAAAGAAAAGAAAAGAAAAGAAAAAAAGACUGACCAUUUUUUUCUUUCCUUGCAGGACAAAUCGAGUCCAACUAUGACGAGACCGUCGACUCUUUCGAUACCAUGAACUUGAAGCCAGAGCUUCUCCGAGGUACGAUGAAAAUCCAAAUAUACUUGAAAGAGCAACAUUUAACAUGGAGAUGCAGGUGUCUAUGCUUACGGUUUCGAGCGUCCUUCUGCUAUUCAGCAGCGUGCUAUCAUGCCAGUCAUCAAGGGUGAGUUCACCAAAUCUGCGACUUCUUUCAGCGUCUCUAACAUAUUUACAAAGGCCAUGACGUUAUUGCCCAGGCUCAAUCUGGUACCGGAAAGACCGCCACUUUCUCCAUCUCUGUCCUCCAAAAGCUUGACCCCAACAUCAAGCAAUGCCAGGCUUUGAUCCUUGCACCAACCCGUGAGUUGGCUCAACAAAUCCAAAAGGUUGUUGUCGCCAUUGGUGACUUCAUGAACGUUGAGUGCCACGCAUGCAUUGGUGGUACCAGCGUCCGUGAUGACAUGAAGGCUCUCCAAGAUGGUCCUCAAGUCGUUGUUGGUACCCCAGGUCGUGUUCACGACAUGAUCCAAAGACGAUUCUUGAAGACCGAUUCCAUGAAGAUGUUCGUUCUUGAUGAGGCCGAUGAGAUGCUUUCCGUAAGUCUAAAGACAUUCAGCUUUACUUGGAAUGAUUUCGCUAACAACGAUUCAAGCGUGGUUUCACCGAGCAAAUCUACGACAUCUUCCAACUUCUUCCUCAAUCCACCCAAGUUGUCCUCCUUUCUGCUACCAUGCCUCAAGACGUCCUCGAGGUUACCACCAAGUUCAUGCGUGAUCCCGUCCGUAUCUUGGUUAAGAAGGCCGAGCUUACCCUCGAAGGUAUCAAGCAAUUCUACAUUGCCGUUGAGAAGGAGGAUUGGAAAUUGGACACCCUUUCCGAUUUGUACGAGACCGUCACCAUCACACAAGCAGUCAUCUUCUGCAACACCAGAAGAAAGGUUGACUGGCUCACCGACAAACUCACUGCCCGUGAUUUCACCGUCUCCGCCAUGCACGGUGACAUGGACCAAGGUCAACGUGACUUGAUUAUGAAGGAGUUCCGAUCUGGUUCAUCCCGUGUCUUGAUCGCCACUGAUCUUUUGGCCCGUGGUAUCGAUGUUCAACAAGUUUCCUUGGUCAUCAACUACGAUCUCCCAGCCAACCGUGAGAACUACAUCCAUCGUAUCGGUCGUGGUGGACGUUUCGGACGUAAGGGUGUUGCUAUCAACUUUGUCACCGCUGAGGAUGUCCGCAUGAUGAGAGAAAUCGAGCAAUUCUACAGCACUCAAAUCGAAGAGAUGCCAAUGAACGUUGCUGACCUCAUCUAAGCUUUUUUCUUCUAAUAUACAAUUUGGUAAAUCACGAGUUCUCGGGCGUGCAUGUCUAUCAAAAGACCACAGCACCGGAACCCCCUUUGUAAGGGCUGUGAUAGUGAGCGUAGCUGGUUCGCCCGGCACGUGAGGAUUGGGUCAAUAGGUAGCAUAAAAGUCGCUGCAUUGGUUUGUGCAGCUCGGUUAUUUCUUGCGUAUUUUAUGGCAUUAGAGGUUUGGGGGAUGCUUCGCUUUUCAGUCUCUGUAUUUAAGGAUUCUCCUUGGGCUGUCUUACGAACUCUAUGUCUACUCAGAUCAGCCUACAUUUGGCCCGCGAGUGGACCAUGCAAUGUAGUACGAUUGAUGAUAGAUGCUGAGAUUAUUUUCCAUAGAUCAAGGCGA